ACCCCCCCGCCGGCUAAGUACAUUGGUGUGCGACAAUUUAAUUGAGACAUAACCUCAAUCCCUUGUAGUGGUGAACCGUCACCUGUAACGCUGUGUCAAAACACCGGUUCAUUCUUACAAAAGCUAAUGUUUUUCCACCGUUUUUUUGUAUAAUAAUUAAUUAUAAUAAUAAAGAUGAGUUCAUCGUUGGUUGCUAAAGUGCUCCGCACAACAGCUAAAAUUGAAGCAGCAGAUUUAAAAGACAAAAUUAGUGAAAUCCAGAAAGAGAUAAUCCUUCUGAAAACUGAUGUGAAUCAAUUUAUCGAUGAUAAUUAUGUGGAUUUUCUUGCAAAAGUGGAGAAGGAUACAAUUUUGAUCGAGAGGGCUGAAAACUUGGUAGAUAAUAUGAAAGGAUUGAAAAACAGGAUUGAGGAUCAGAUCAAAGUGGAGCUCUCGGGCUCUACCAAAGAAUUAAAAAAUCUAUCUCAAGCCCUGGAAGCUUCCAACCUCAGUCUUAGUCUUUCCUCUCAACUUUUGGAAUUGCACACCUCUCUGAAAACAGUAGAUAAACUUCAACAAGAGAAACGUUACAUGGAAGCUGCAAGAGUCUUCAAAAGAAUGCAGAAAAUCCUAAACAAACGGGAAGACAACGAUCUCAAACUGUUGAAUAUAUAUCCGCCUAUCAGGGACUGUUACUUCACCGCUUACAGCACGUUUUUAUCAACCAUCAAGGAGAUAUGGGAGCAGACGGUUUGCUGGAGUAAUCCUCAAGACUCGGAGUCAUCUUCGAAAAAUGAUAAAGACAAUUCGAUCAGUCUUAGAAUUGAUUGUCAACCAAAACAGAUGCAGGACCUUGUGCAAGCCCUACAUUAUGUUGAAGAGUUCUGUCCCAGUCUACACUUGUUCUCCACAAAAAUCCUCAAGCUGUUCAUCAUUCCUAUCAUCCACUAUGACUGCUCGGUCUAUGUUGCUGAGAAAACCGUCUUCAACGUGAAUGUUUGGAAUGAGAAGCAAUCACCCACGUACAAGAGCACUCUUCACAACUUGAAGCUACUCUUUCAAUUCUUGAAUCAACAUUUUCAAUGCAGUGUUGAAGAGAAAACAUUCAUUGAACUUAUCAGUGGGCAGUUGUUUGUGAAACUCAAUGAGGAGUUGAUCAAGAAUUGUGUCUCGAAGACUAUUCCAGAUUCCAGUGCUGAGCUACAGAAUUUUAAAGAGGUGGAGGAGAAUGUGCAGGAGUUUGAAAAUUACUUGGUCGAGAUUGGAUUCAUUCCACCCCAGGAAUUAUUCCUCUCUCAAUACAUUAGCAAUAUCGAUCAUUUAUACAUCGAUAAAAAGUGUCAAGGGCUGCUAAACACUGCCAGAGAAAUAAUGAAGAAAGAUCUACACGACUCCUUCAAAUACGAGCCCGAGAUUCCGGAAUCCCCAUUAUCCCAGGAUAAACUGAAUGACAAUAACUCCAGUGAGGCAGUCAUGGAGAGAAAGCUCAGCAAAAAUACAUUCCAAUUGCCUGCAUGUCAGAUCAGCAAAAGUGCACGAGAAAUUUUAGAGUUAGUGAAAAACAUUUUGGACGAGGUGACGCGCAGUUCUGAGGCAUGCUCAGUAAGGUUGUACUACACGAGCAGAAACAUCUUCGAAAUGUACGCAGGGGCUGUCCCAGAGUACCACAAGAAAUUUCUAGAGACGAUUCCCCAACAGGUCGCUUUAUUUCACAAUAACUGUAUGUACUUUGCUCAUCAUCUGAUGACACUGGGACACCAGUACCACGACAAAAUGCCAUCGCACUUGGAGAAGCAUAAUGUGACUUAUGUGGAUCUCACAUUGAAAUUACGUGCUGUUGGGGCUGAAUAUUUCAUGAGUCACAUGAAGUAUCAGAGGAAUAUUAUUACGGAAAUUAUUAGGGAUUCUGGACUGUCUCAACUAGGGCAGAGUUCAAAACUACCUCCGGGUACAGAGAGAGCCCUACGACAGUGCGUACGUCAGCUAGAAUUACUGAAAACAGUAUGGUCAGAGGUCCUCCCAGUGAAUACUUACUGCAAGGCCUUAGGAUGCAUCACCAAUUCAAUGAUCGAAGACUUGGUACUGAAAGUGAUAACAGUAGAAGACAUUCCGGCAGCAGUGGCCACCGAGCUCGUGGCAUUAUUCAAUAUAAUAGUGAAACGAGUACCAGCAAUAUUCCCAGAUCCUCAUGCAAUAAAUCGUAACGUGAGCAAAUGGCAGAAAUUGUUGGAACUCAUUAAAAUACUAGAGGCAUCACUGAGAGACAUUCAGGAUCGUUGGGCAGAUGGCAAAGGACCCCUUGCUCAUGAAUUCACAUCGACCCAGGUGAAGCAGUUGGUAAGAGCUCUCUUCCAGAAUACUGAGAGAAGAGCAGCCCUCCUUGCUACCAUCAAAUAGCACUUGUUCAUGUUUUUUUUUUACCUGUGAAUGUAUUUAUCGUGUGAUGUCAUCAGGAAAUAAAAAAAUUAUUGCACAAUUGCGCUCGUAAAAUAAUCUUCUACUUCAUCCUUUCAAUUGGCCCAUCAGGUUUUUAAUCGUUUUAAUUGGCUUUUGGCUGGAUACGGCUGCUGUCAAGGGGGUCAGAAGAGAUUUAGGUAGAGGCAGAGUGGCGUACGGUAAUAAUAAUCGUAAAUUAUUUAAUUAUGUUCCAAAUACCAAAUUAUCAUUUUACAUUGAAUGUUCAAACAUUGCAGAUUGCUUAUUCUCUGCCCUUAAUUCAAUUAUAAUCAGCCACCAAAUAAUUCAUGUCCAUAAUUAAUUUUUUUUCCCGAGAACUACUGUUGCUCUUAGCAACAAUUAUCAGAUUUUUUGCAUAACAACAAAUUUUAUCUUUCUGUUCUACGUUUUGUGGCUCUAUAAUAAAUUGGAAUUUUUAUAAUUCCAAAUUUUAUAUUUUGAUGGAUCCGAGUAAAACAAGAAGAUGGAACGACGUACAUGUCAUAUAAAAUCUAAAAUAAAAUUGUCCAUUAACGAUUUAGCGCAAGAGGAAGAUGUGUCAUUUCAGUAGCGGAGAGGUAUUCAUAACAUAAACAGUUGAUUCCUUAAAUUUUAUUCGACAUCUACUGAUGUUGACUAACUCGAUCACAAGCAUCCAGUGAGUAAUUAUCAUAUGAAGAUUUUUUAAGUUUCCUGGGAAAUUUCGAAAUUUUU